AUGGCGUCAUCGCUCACCUUCUUCUACCUCCGGUUUUCACUGAGUGUGUUCUUGUUUGUUUUUCAGGAGGCAGAGAAAAGGCAGCUGGGAGAGACACUGAUGCAUCCUGUGAACUCUGAGCGAUAUGUCCACACAUUCAGAGAUCUGUCCAACUUCUCUGGGACUAUUAAUGUGACUUAUCGCUACCUCGCAGGAAUUCCUCUGCCACGUAAAAAGUAUCUCACCAUUGGUCUGUCGUCUGUCAAGAGGAAAAAGGGGAACUACCUUCUGGAGACGAUCAAAUCCAUCUUUGAUCAGUCCAGUUACGAGGAGCUCAAAGAGAUUGUGGUCGUGGUCCACCUGGCAGACUUUGACCUGGUCUGGUGUGAGAACCUGGUGCAGGAAAUCACCAGGAAGUUUGCCCACCACAUCAUAGCUGGACGCCUCCUGGUGAUCCAGGCUCCAGAGGAGUACUAUCCAUCUCUGGACGGCUUGAAAAGGAACUACAACGACCCGGAGGACCGGGUCCGUUUCCGCUCCAAGCAGAAUGUGGACUACGCUUUCCUCCUCAACUUCUGCACCAACCUCUCCCACUUCUACAUGAUGUUGGAGGACGAUGUGCGCUGCUCCAGGAACUUCCUGACGGCGCUGAAGAAGGUGAUCACCUCCAGAGAAGGUUCCUACUGGGUGAUGCUGGAGUUCUCCAAGCUGGGCUACAUCGGGAAGCUGUACCACUCCAGAGACCUGCCACGACUGGCUCAUUUCCUCCUCAUGUUCUACCAGGAAAUGCCCUGCGACUGGCUCCUCAUCCACUUCAGGGGUCUGCUGGCCCAGAAGGACGUGAUCCGCUUCAAGCCCUCGCUGUUCCAGCACAUGGGCUACUACUCCUCCUACAAAGGAGCGGAGAACAAGCUGAAGGACGACGACUUUGAGGAAGACUCCAUAGACAUUCCUGACAACCCUCCUGCCAGCCUUUACACAAACAUCAAC